GGCGGCGUAUAUCAUUUUGUCUCCAGCAAGUAUGGAUGUCUCAUGUUUGUCGUCGUACUUGUUACUCACUUGCAACAUGUUUCUCGUGCAGUAUUCAUCGUGUAACUCUCCGUUCAGAUCCAAGAAGAUUUGUGUUAAAACGCCAUCGCUUAUUCCUCCCUUGGUCUACCAAGGCAUCGCAUCACUCUAUAUUCCCUUGCUUCGUGCACGCACACACCCUCAAUCCUUGCAUCAGCGCCUAAUCAUUCCCUCUCAAGUAUAUCCAAUGAAGCCUAAUUCUAGAUUUGUCUUUCCACACGCUUAAGCUUUCCAAGUAUUUUCCAAUGCAGCGCAAAUCCAGCUUAUUCUUUCCUUUUGGCGUUUGCGCGUCCAUUUUCAGCCAACCUGGC